GAAAUGAGUAACACGACCGGUAGGGAGAGACAGUGAGAUCGCCUGGUGGCUUUUGUGCUCGGUCUCGGGCUGCAUGGGAGGGAGCAGCAGCAGCCUCAGUACCAGCCGUAGCCCGUACCAGGCGGUGAUCUCAGAACUGAGCGGAAAGUGGAUCGGGGAGGCUGCUACAUGCUGCCGCCUUUGUCGUAAGACGAGACUGUGUAAUAGACGGAUAUUUACCACCGAUUUCGAGGGACAAUACACGCGAUAUCCAUGUACUUAAUCGAGGGACGGGGUCUGCUUCUGCUGGGGCUCUUCGCCGGACUGCAGAUCGCAGCAGAGUGCAGGAGCACCCCUGUGUGCCGGCCGGGGUUCGCCGAAGAUGUGUACCAUGCAGUGUUACCCCAUAUCGCAGAGAAAGGGGAGCCCCUUUUCACCGUGAUUUUCGAGGAUUGCGGCGGUGACGAUGCAGUUACCUUGGAGAGCAGCCGGCCGAACGACUUCCGGAUAGAGGCGGACGGCGUGAUCUACGCCGCCAGACGCCUCCGGAUCGCCGAGCAUCGCCCGGCGCCGCUCGUGAUCACGGCCAGCCGCGCCGCCAACGACCAGCGCUGGGAGAGCAAGAUCCAGCUGACGCCUCGCACGCAGCAGAUCCAGAAAGCGGCUGACCCUCAAGACGCGUCGCAGGGCUUGGAGGAAGCGGUGCUCCCCUCGCAGAAUGCUGACACCCCAUACAAACGCACAAAGAGAAGCUGGGUCUUGCCACCAUUCCACAUCCUGGAGAACAUGCGAGGGCCGUACCCCAAGGCGAUUGGCAUGAUCCGAUCAGACGGCGAUAGCCAGAGCUCCCUGAAGUACAGCGUGACGGGUCCCGGCGCCGACCAGGCGCCCGUCGGCGCCUUCAUCGUCGACUCCAUCUCCGGCAUGCUAUUUGUCGUCCGGCCCCUGGACAGAGAGCAAACCGCAGCCUACCACCUUAGGGCACACGUAGAGGACCUGAACGGACGCCCAACGGAGGACCCCAUUGACAUCUUCAUCAACGUGUCGGACAUGAACGACAACAAGCCACAAUUCAAACAUCAGAUCUGGAACGGCACUGUCUCCAAGGCAUCCAGGCCUGGCACAUUUGUUAUGACCGUACUCGCGCACGACCGUGAUGACCCAAAGACGGACAACACACUGCUGCGUUACAAGAUCCAGUCCCAGAGUCCCCCCAGUCCGUCAGACAUGUUCACCAUCCACACCCUGACGGGAAACAUCACGCUCGCCGGAGACGUUGGCCUAGAGGGAGUGCCGCAGUACACGCUGAUCAUCGAGGUCGCGGACAUGGGGGGCGACGGCCUCGCCAACACGGCCACCGCAAUCAUCCGGGUCGUUGGGGACACCGGGAAGCCAGCAAACAUGGCCGCUGACCCUCCAGGCGAGUCCCGGGGCCUGAUGGAAAUCGUGUUCCCCCGGCGGAACGCAGACAGCCCGCUCAAACGCAUGAAGAGAGACUGGGUCAUCCCCCCAAUCAACGUGGCAGAGAACUCGCGCGGUCCAUUCCCGCAGGAGCUUGUCCGGAUCCGAUCGGACAACGACAAGAGCCGCUCCCUGAGGUACAGUGUGACGGGCCCUGGCGCCGACCAGCCCCCGACAAGUAUCUUCAUCAUCAACCCCAUCUCUGGAGAGCUGUCGGUCACCAAGCCACUGGACAGAGAGCACAUCCACAACUUCCACCUGAGGGCCCAUGCGGUGGACCUGAACGGGAACCAGGUGGAGAACCCCAUCGACAUCAUCAUCAACGUCAUCGACAUGAACGACAACCGGCCCGAGUUUGAGCACCAGCUGUGGAACGGCUCCGUAUCCGAGGGGUCCAAGCCCGGCACGUUUGUCAUGACCGUCACCUCGGUGGACAAGGACGACAACAAGACGGCCAACGGAAUGCUGCGCUACAAGAUCCUCUCCCAGAAUCCUGAGAGCCCGUCCUCCAACAUGUUCACCAUCAACAACAAGACGGGGGGCAUCAUCACAGUGGCAGCCGGUCUUGACCGAGAGAAAGUGCCGCAGUACACGCUGAUCAUCCAAGCCACAGACAUGGAGGGCAAUCCCAUGUACGGCCUCUCCAACACGGCCACCGCCCUCAUCAGGGUCACGGACAUCAACGACAACCCUCCGGAGUUCACCGCCGAGACGUUCUUCGGCGAGGUGCCAGAAAACCGCGUGAACGUCAUCGUGGCCAACCUGACGGUGACUGACAAGGACCAGCCCAACACGCCCGCCUGGAACGCCGUUUACAAAAUCACCGGGGGCGACAGCACCGGCAGGUUCUCCGUGCCCACCGAUCCCACCACUAACGAGGGCCUGGUUACCGUCGUCAAGCCCAUCGACUAUGAGACCAGCAGGACGUACGUGCUGACUGUGGUGGCCACCAACGAGAUCGCGCUGGCCCGCGGCAUCCACUCGCCACGCCAGUCCACCGCCACGGUGUCCAUCCGGGUGACGGACGUCAACGAGAGCCCCUACUUCGAACCCAACCCCAAGGUGUACCGGGUGGAAGAGGGCCAGUCGCCCGAGACCCCGCUGACCACCUUCACCGCCAUCGACCCCGACCGCUUCAUGCAGCAGAGAAUCAGGUACUCCAAACUCCAUGACCCCGCCCACUGGCUCCGGAUCGACACCAACACAGGCCGCAUCACCACGAUGGCAGUCCUGGACCGCGAGUCGUCCUUCGUGAAGAACAGCAUGUACAACGCCACGUUCCUCGCCACCGACGACGGCUCGCCGCCAACCAGCGGCACGGGCACCCUCCAGAUCUUCCUGCAGGACAUCAACGACAACGCGCCGCGCGUGUUCCCCCAGGAGACGGAGGUGUGCGAGAAGCCGGAGCCCAACGCCAUCAACAUCACGGCGCUGGACGGCGACCUGACCCCCAACGCGGGGCCGUUCGUCUUCGAGCUGGCCCACAGACCCGCCGACGUCCGGAGGAACUGGACCAUCACCAGGAUCAGCGGCGACUACGCCCAGAUGAGCCUGAAGAUUGGCUUCCUGGAGCGCGGCAUCUACGAGAUCCCCAUCAUCGUCACAGACUCGGGCAACCUGCCCAUGUCCAACACGUCCUACCUGCGGGUCAAGGUGUGCCAGUGUGACAUGAACGGGGCCUGCACCGACCACAAGCCCAUCAUCGGCGCCGGCAUGGGCACCGGCGCCAUCAUCGCCAUCCUCCUCUGCAUCAUCAUCCUCCUCAUCCUGGUGCUGCUGUUCGUAGUGUGGAUGAAGCGUCGCGACAAGGAGAGGCAGGCCAAGCAGCUGCUGAUCGACCCCGAGGACGACGUCAGGGACAACAUCCUGAAGUACGACGAGGAGGGCGGCGGAGAGGAGGACCAGGACUACGACCUGAGCCAGCUGCAGCAGCCCGACACAAUAGAACCCGACGCCAUCAAGCCCGUGGGGGUCCGGAGGAUGGACGAGAGGCCCCUCCACCCCGAGCCCCAGUACCCCAUGAGGUCGGCCGCGCCCCACCCUGGAGACAUCGGAGACUUCAUCAAUGAGGGCCUGAAGGCCGCAGACAACGACCCCACAGCCCCGCCCUACGACUCCCUCCUGGUGUUCGACUACGAGGGCAGCGGCUCCACCGCCGGCUCCCUGAGCUCCCUGAACUCGUCCAGCAGCGGGGGCGACCAGGACUACGACUACCUCAACGACUGGGGCCCGCGCUUCAGGAAACUGGCCGACAUGUACGGGGGCUGCGACGACUAGGAGCGAGGAAGGGGACGCACGGCGACGACGACGACGACGACAGCUUCGUUAACGAGACGAGUAAAAAAAAAAAACGAGAAGACGACGAAUACAACGGAAGAUUAAAAAAAGAAAAACCCACGACAAAAAAGAAGGAUUUUUUUUUUCUUUUCUUUUUUUUCCUCCCCUCCCGAACCACCGCCAGCCGCCGCCGCCAACAGCGCCACCUCGUGGACAGACGCCGAUAUCGCCGAUAUCCCUCGACUCACCGAUUUGGAACGGACCUCCGAUAAGUGAACGCGACAGAAAUUUGAUAAAACAUCAUUCCGAAGUAUUUUCCAUAAAAAAAAAAAGAAAUGACGCAAAAGAAGAUGACCCAACCGACCUAGGCUAAUUGUUGUUGUCUACGCAUUAACAUAUGCUUGUGGAGGGCGCGGGCACAGGUUCUGGUGGCCAUGUUUCUUGCAGAGGGGAGAGAACGUUGGUGGACAGUCGCCGAUUUUUGGAUUGUUGGUGUUGAACGCGCUCAGUUACACUUGAAUUUCACAGUACAGAAGCACUGGGAUAUAACGUGCCUUUUUGUACAUUGUUUUGGAUCUGAAUGAUUAGUUUUAUGUUCCAACGCUUUAAUGGUACUGACUUUUUUGGAGUGAUCUCAAAACAUGAAGUAUGUUUAAACUAUGGUAUGCUUCUCCAUGCUCCCAACCUCUCCUUCCCCCCAUCCUCCCUGGCCGCCCGACACCCCCUGGGUUGUUAGAUAUGAUUAUUUAAGAUAUGACAUGAAGGAUCCUUUGUUAGCCCAAUUGGGAGCAACGAUUUAAAGCAGCACUGUACAGUACGCUAGACUUCUAGACUUUUUCACUAAAAAACAUUUAAACUUAUGCAGCUGGUUGCAGAUAAAGGGAGUUAUGAAUCAUACUUUUGUAGCAGAAUAUUUUUUUUCCUUUAUUUCUGAAGUGGUGUAGUAUAAAAAAAAAACUGUUUUUGGUCUAAUCCAUGUACACUUCAUUUGCCUUAGUCAUCUGAUAUUUUGAAAUCUUCACUGUAAAAAGAUGUGUGUACAUAUGUUUUUUUCUUUUUCUUUUUUGUUUUGAUGUAGUAUACGAAGUGCAAAAGGUUCCAAACAUAUAAAUGUAUAAUUUGGACAACAAAAUGAACAGAGUUUUUUGCAUGUUUUUAUCUUUUCACAGCAGAACUGAAAAAAAAAUGUUGUUUCCAAAAUUUAUUUACAAAGUGGAAAGAAAUAAAAAAUCGGGUUACAAUAAAUGUGUAGAAGUUAAGAGUUUUUUGUAUAAAAUAAAGAAAUAAAAACCAUUAAGACAAAAAAGGAAAAGGAAAAAAUGGUGAUCUUCUCAGCACAACUGUUUGAUUUGUACCAAAAAAAGGAGGUUGGUGGCGACAGUGUGGUAUGACGUAGUCACGAUGGAACCAAUCAGCUUUAAGACUGGGAAAAGGUUUUUCAACUCGAGACCUUGAGAAUUAUCAUAUGUAAUGGAAUACAAAUUAUACAUCUCUGACCCCAACCAUCCAAAUAAAAUGCUAAUUUUGGAGCGAAAACUGCCUUUUUAAUUGUUUUUCUUUCU